UUCCACAUGCCUGCCUGACAUAAACCACCCAAGGGAAGGGGAGGAGUGGCACUAGACAAGGACAUUAAUACUGUAACAUAGUAACACAAGGGGGUAAAGUUGUGGAAGUUAGGGUAGGAAUUCGUUUUCAGAAAGGUCAUUAAUUAAGUGGCUUGGUUACAGCGUGAGGAAAGACCGAGACGCGCUUCCUGUUGGCUGUCUAUCUUUAAGGAAUAUGAAACAGGAAAACUAGUAGACAUAAGAGAAGGUAAAAAAAAAAAAAAAAAACGUUAACGCUGUCCGGUGCCUGUCUGUUGCUUCUUUACUGAAUAUGUCAGGGACACGGACAAGAAGAGGGACUAUUUCGGAACAGUCUCGAACUGCGAGGGCAGCUGCUGUUGCUGAGCAGUUGCACCAUGAAUGCACCCUCUUAUUGGAACUGUAUAGAAAAAAGGAGACGUUCGCCGAGGAACUCACCAGCGGCGGGGACCGCCUGGUGACCGUGCCACCGCUCUCCUCCCAGCUCUCGCCGAAUGACAUGUUGUGGCGCCUCUACUCCGCCCUGCAACAGUGCCGGAACCUCCUGGAGCAUGCCAUUGGCCGGGAAGAGGGGGUGGGAAACGACAGGAACAGGACCGAAUACGAGAGCCAGAAGAAAACAGUGAGGGACCGGCUGGGGCACCUGCUAGAGAGCACACGGCUCCUCCUGGCGGACGGAGCUGGCACUGCGGCCUUCACUCCUGAUCCGAACAAUACUGAGAUAGAUGGUCCGGUGAACGGCAGCCCGUUUGCGCUAAAGCUCUGGAUCUACCGCAUCUUCAACGAGCUGGAGCACUGGACGCUCGCCGCCUCCAAGACCCUGAAGGCCCUGCACCCCGACGGAGCCGCCCCCAAGGAGCGCAGAACGAGGGGGAGGGCAAGUGGGAAGAGGACCCGGAGAUGAGAUAGUAGAGAUUGGGAGAGGUAGCCUGUGAGUGAGGAAGGAGAGAGAAGGGAAGACAAAGAAAGAGAGGGAUGGGGUGAGGUGAGGAGAGAGAGAGAGAGAAAGAGAUAUAGAAAGAGGUACGGAUGUAAAGAAAGAGAGAGAGGUCAACAGAUUGAGAGGAUGAGUUUUGAAGGAUGUGAAGUGGAAGAAGAAAAAGAGGAGGGAUGCAGGAGUCAGAAAGGCUGAGAGAGAUGGAAUGAAGAGAAUGAAAAGAGUGACAACAGCCAGGGGAAGUAUAAAGAUUCUGUGAAAAGAGGGAGAAGAGUAUAUGUUAAAGUUAAUAAAUAUACACAGUGGGGACAUGGACACAAGAAUGUGUGACAUAAGUGUUGAUUUUGAAGCAAUUUUGGUCAUUCGAGACAUACUAGCGCUGUAGCUCCACUUGCUGCUAACAAACACAGGACACUGGGUGUCCGGUAGCCUAGUGGUUAGAGCAUUAGGCCAGUAACUGAAAGGCUGUGAGUUCGAAUCCCCGAGCUGACAAGGUGGAAGGAAAUCUGUUGAUCUGCGCUCGAGCAAGGCGCUUAACCCUAAGUGCUCCAGGGUCUCCAUCAAUAAUGGCUGAAACCUGGCCGUGUCUCAAGGGGAGUGGGAUAUACAAAGAAACACAUUUCCAUUUCACACCUCACACGUAUACAGGACAAACAUAAGCAACUUCUAUUUGACCUUUGAAUAGGACAAAUAUAAGCAACUUCUAUUUGACCUUUGACGAACAUAGAAUGAAUGAGUUACAUAGACUGUUCACCACUUGAUUUAAUCCCUUUAAAAUCUCAGAUUCAAGAGCUUGACAUUCUAUUUUAAAAAAUCAUCUUUGUAAUUCAACAGGGUUUGAUGCAGCAAAAUAUGAGUUAAGGAUUGACUGAAGAAUUUCUGCUGUUUACACCUGGUAUCAAGAUGUGUUCUCUGUCUGGUUUUGCUGCCUAGAGUCAAAGGAUUCUACCAUGACCUUCCUUUUGCCUACUCCAGACAUACUACGGCCAGUGUUUCAGAACAUUUCAUUUAGUCUCCUCCCACUUGACACACACUGGUUGAAUCGACGUUGACUUCACGUCAUUUCGUUGAACCAACGUGGAAUAGACAUCCAACUGACAUCUGUGCCAAGUGGGCUGUUCUCCCUUCAUGUUAACUGAAUGGCAAUAUUCCUUCCAAAUCUAAUGUGAUCAUUAAUAUCAGCGUGAUCUUGAUUAUAACAUUUAGUGUGGUUAUUGUAAGAGAUUUGGUUUGGCAUUGCCUUAAAACUUCAAUUCUGAAGAGGGAAAAAUGAUUUUAUACACGGGAUCCUUUGGAUCUGGAUGAAAUGUUCUGAUAAACUGGUCUCAGGAUCCCAAAACAAUCCCACAAAUGAGAUGUAAUGUUGGUGACAGCUACAGGAUCCACUUUGAUAAUGGAGUGUAGAUUUCCGGUUCAAGACAGCGGUUUAUGUGAUACCAAUUUCUGAUCCUUGUGGGCCGGCAUCAUGCAUUAGAUGGAAAUCUUAAUACCACAAAUUGUUUCACAUUUAAGAUGCAUCCCAAUAGUCUUGAAUGACUUCCUAUCUAUUUAGAGACCACAAACAAUGUGACAUAGGUCAUUUUGGGGUUAUGACAAGGUAUGAGAAAGGGUAGGCUAUUUCAUUAAGUGUACUUUCCCUUUAAAGCAGAUCUUGGGUCAGUUCUGCAUUUUUCCCACUAAUGGUUAAGGUUAGGAUUGGGGAGGGUAAGCUGAUCCUAGAUCUGUACCCAGGGGAAAUUUAGUCCCAGAACAUUCCAUUACUUACUGCUGGAUGGUAAUCUCACAGAAUGUGCCUUGAAGUGAUGUGAUGAGUUUAGCUGUGCCCUGCCCUCUGUGCCCUGCCCUCUAGUGGCGAGUAGAGGAACCAAAACAAAACAUCCCAACUGUGCAGCUCCUACUAGAGAACCACUGGGAAUGCAGGCUUUUGCUCCGACCCUGCUCUAACACCAGACUCUGCUAAUCCAGUUCUGAACCUGUAUAACACAGAAAAAUAGAUAUAUUAUUAUAUAUAUAUAUAUUAUUAUACAUUUUUUAUAACCCAAUCAUUACUAUAUGACCCCCAUUGAAACCGACCCUUAUGAUAUCAGUGCGUAACCGGCAAAUUGGGAGGGGUGGGAGGAGGGAUGUUGUUUAAACAUGUUCGCAGCUGAUCAGUAGAAUAGGUGUGUUAGUGCAGGGUUGCAGCAAAGGCCUGCACACAAUAGCUCUCCAAGAGGAGGUAUGGCCAUCCCUGUUCUUGUGUGUGUGACUUUUAAGGGAAAAAAAUGAAAUUGCCAGACUGGAUUGUUUUUAUUACCUUUGUAGACUCAGAUGCACUGUAGCAAAGUCUCCUCCAUUUUUACGCUGACUUAAAUAUGCACGGUUGCUGGAGCAACUAACCCUUUUCCAUGACCUCUUGGUAUAGUGCCAGUUGCCCCUAACCACAGAUCUAGGAUCAGAUUACCUUAUCCCCAAACCUAAUUUUAACCAGUGGGAGGAUGCAAACAGAUCUAACCCUGUAUCAGUUGGUUAGGCACAUUGAUGAGAGUGAGAGACAGUAGUUAGACAUAGGACUGGUGGAUACUUUGUUAAAACACUCCAAACUAAUGUACUAACAUUUCCUGUUGCUGAUUUUCUUUUGUUGUGUUUCAUAGAAACUCUGGUGUGGUGUGGGAAGAUAUAGAAACCAUAUUUAUUAUUAAUGUAUGACUUUGAGAUACGCAGAGAGGUUGAAAUAAAUGUAUGUAGAUUAUAUGUUGAA